AUGUCAUACUGGUGGUUCUUUUUGACACUAGUUCCUUUCUUCUGGUACCUCCCACCAGGGGCAGAGAGUGAUUGCUGGCUGAUUGAAGGUGACAAAGGUUAUGUCUGGCUAGCCAUCUGUAGCCAGAAUCAACCUCCAUAUGAAACCAUCCCUCAGCAUAUCAACAGUACAGUUCAUGAUCUUAGGCUUAAUGAAAAUAAGUUAAAGAUUAUUGGCUAUGCUUCCCUCUCCCGCUUUGGAAAUCUAACAGACUUGAAUCUCACAAAAAAUGAGAUCUCAUAUAUUGAGGAUGGAGCCUUUUUGGGACAAUCCAACUUACAAAUCCUGCAGCUUGGGUAUAAUAAAUUGACCAAUUUAUCAGAGGGAAUGCUGAGGGGUAUGCCCAGACUACAGUUCCUUUUUGUGCAGCACAAUUUGAUAGAGGUGGUAACACCAGGAGCUUUCUCAGAAUGUCCUAGCCUUAUAAGCAUUGAUUUAUCCUCUAACCGACUCACAAAGCUAGAUGGUAUUACCUUUGUCGGGCUUCAAGCACUAAUGGCAUGUGAACUGGCAGGAAAUCCUUUUCAUUGCAAUUGUGAACUUUAUGGCUUUCUUGGCUGGUUAGUCAUGUUCAACAAUUUUACUCGUAAUUAUGACCGCUUGCAAUGUGAAAGCCCCAGAGAAUUUUCUGGUUACCCUCUUCUCAGCCCAAGGCUUCACCAUAGUCGAAAUGCUAUAACUGUCCUCCAAGCUCAGUGCAAGAAUGGAGGCUAUAUACCACGUGAAAGGCCAACCCCUUUCAUACCAAACUCCUUGCCUGAUACAGAUGAAAAUUCUGGUUAUAGUCCUGGGGAUCUUCUUUCAUCUGAGCCAACCCCCACUUCUACCACAGAUUCUUCUGGCAUACCCACUAUUGAAAUUCACCAUGUAACAGGAAGUUCAGCUACUCUAAUCGUCACUAUUCCAUCUCCUUAUAAAAAGAUGUACAUUCUGGUACAGUACAACAACAGUUUUGUAUAUGAUGUUACAACCCUGAAGCACAAGAAAGAAUAUAUUACCUUGGAUAAGCUGAAGGCUCAUGUUAACUAUACUUUUUGUGUUGCAUCCAUUCGGAACUCAAAGCGAUACAACCAUACUUGCCUGUUUGUUUUUACUCGGUCCAAGGAUAAGGAAGAAUUUUCUCCCAACACUUCCACCACCACUCACUAUAUUAUGACUAUAUUAGGUUGCCUCUUUGGCAUGGUCAUCAUUUUGGGAGUGGUCUACUACUGUCUAAGAAAAAAGAGAAUGCAAGAAGAGAAAAAAAAUCCCUCAAUGUGAAAAAGACUAUUCUUGAAAUGCGCUAUGGUUCAGAUGUUGACCCUUGUCUUGGAGGUCAUUCUUCCCAGAAGCUCUCAGAACAUCCUAUUCCAAUCUCCCGUAUAUCUUCACUUCCAACAUCAGUUGGUGGGCUUGGAAGUGGAGGGGAGAAAGGAAUGUCUUCUAAGCCAAUGAACUCUCAGAUGGGAACACCAAAAGGUCCAAAGGGCACAAAUUAUAUGGAAGUACGAAGUGUGGAAGGACUAGACAGAAAUCAAAGAGGUAUUCCAGGCGGAGAAGAAGAUGAAGAAGACUUUCGAGAAUUGGACAAUGGUGAAGGCUCAGCAGCUGAAAUAUCCACUAUUGCCAAAGAAGUGGAUAAAGUGAACCAAAUUAUCAAUAAUUGUAUUGAUGCCCUAAAACUUGACACGGCUUCUUUUUUAGGGGGAGGGGACCCGGAGCUGGGCUACGAUUGCCAGUCAAUUCCAGCCAGUUCUUCGGGUCAUUUGGAAAGGUUGAGCUUCCUCUCUCCUCCCUACAAGGAGGGUGUUCAUCCUCUUCAGCGCCAGCUGAGUGCAGAUGCUGCCACAGUGGCAAAGAAACGCUGCAGCAUUUCGUCUAGUGGCUCCAUUAAGAGUGCCAGAGUUUUUAGCUUGGAUGUCCCUGAUCAGCCUUUAAAGUGUGACUCCAAAUAUAUUGAGAAGAGCAGCCCCCUCAACAGUCCCUUGGACCGCCUUCCUCUUGUGUCCUCUGCGGGAGUUCACCAUUUAGAUGUCAAGCCUUCCUAUCACUGUAGUGAGCAUCGUCACUCCUUCCCUGCUCUUUAUUAUGAGGAAAGUGCUGAUACAUUAAGCCAGAGAGUGAGUUUCCUGAAACCCCUUUCUCGUUCCAAGAGAGACUCCAGCUAUUCCCAGCUGUCACCCAGACACCAUUUCUCUGGAUACUCCUCUAGCCCAGAAUACUCAACUGAAAACACCCACAAGAUAUGGGAGCGCUUCCGUCCUUACAAAAAAACACACACGAGAAGAGGUCUACAUAGCAGCUGGACAUGCUUUGCGCAAAAAAGUUCAGUUUGCCAAAGGAGAGGACUUGCACGACAUUUUGGAUUACUGGAAAGGAGUGUCUGCUCAGCAGAAACUGUAA